AUGUCUUCCACCCGCAUUGCUCUCGUUCUAGUUGACCCCUACAAUGACUUUCUUCACCCCGAAGGCGCUCUCACGCCCCAUCUCCUAGACCUCCAAGAGAAGGGCACGGUUGAGAACAUUAGGUCCGCCGUAGCCGCUGCUCGCUCCAAGGGCAUUCCGAUUUACUACGGCAUGCAUCAACAGUGCAACGAGCACACUUUUCUUGGAUGGAAAUACAUGACACCAAAUCAUGUUAAACAGAAGAACUCGCAAGUCUUCAAAGAAGGAUCAUGGGGCGCCGAGAUCCUUCAGGGCCUUGAGCCGGAUCCGUCCAAGGGCGACGUCGUUCUCCGCCAACGCGAGAUCACCCAUCUGGUUUUCGCGGGACUGACGGCAAACACCUGCCUGGAGGCCUCCGCGCGUCAUCCUUUGAACUGGGGUAUCACGUCACUCUAUUAUGCCACGGCCGGAUGGUCCAAGGAAUUGACCGAUGCCGCGACGGAGCUGAUCUGGCCUCUCUUCGCCCAGGAGGUCCUUAAGACGGAAGAAUGGGUCCAGAAACAAGCAGUCCAAAGCGUGAUUUAG